AUGAGCCUGGUUCUCCCCCAACAACAGGUGAGGGAAUAUUCAUCCUCUUUUAACAUCUAUUAUAGAGAAUAUCAGCCUGACAUACAAGUUUUUGUUGUUUUUGAGACAGAAAAAGAGGUUUGCAUGAUUGAAAAUAGCAUAAAACGAAUACAUUUGUCACUCUUGGUAUUGUUAGCCUUAGCCGGUUAGCAGGCUGGGGCGCUGGGACGUUGGUUCUCGUCGAGGCCUUGUCCCAUCGAUUAAACACAGAGGACUUAAGCUUUUCACUCUUUGACUUACCAUUAAGUGAAUUACUCGUUUAAGUCAUCUACGAGUCUGCAUUUUUAUUGAAGGUUAGACUUAGCUGCUAAAGUUGCGCUGAAAUGAUACGCUAACUUCAGUGCUCAUUGUUAGGUUUACUGCAAGGCGCCAUUCAUGUUAUUUAUCGCCCAUUUUGUGACCCUUAAGUCACACAGUCGACCCUUGUGUUGUAAAUGAGCUUUGCAAACACAUUUUAAUGUCAUUUAAGUUUAUUUGUCAAAGAAUACAAUCAGUUUCUAACCCCAACAGCUCACCUUAACUUGCACAUCUACACCUUUGCACAGUCAAAAACACUUCAUCUGUGUUUUGCAUAUUAACACCUUUGUACUCAAUAGUUGCAGGUAACAUCUGUGCACUCACUGUUUGUACAAACAAACCUUUCCUGGACAUGAUUUUAACCCAUAGACACUUUUUGCACCUUUACACCGUUGGAAAGUUACACCUUUACCUCUCUGUAAAAUAUAUACUUAUUUUUGUUUCACAAUGAUACCAUCUUGGAUAUUAUUUUUAGCUAAACGUAAAAGUGUAAAUGUAAUUUCAGCUUGAUUGGCUGCUGCUGUAACAAAAUGUCACAGUUUGGGAUCAGUAAAGAUCAUUUACGCACAAGCAAACACAUUUCACACACUGAAAUACACUUGAUUUGAGGACCUCAAUCCUAAAGAGACAGGAAGCCAAUGAAGGGAGCUAAGGACAGGAGUGAUGUCCUCACGUCUGUUAGUGUCAGUUAAAAGACAGCUGGAGCAUUUUGGCCAAGUUGAAGGCGACUAAGACAUGAUUUAUGUUUUGUUUAGGCUUGAUUAAACUACAAAGAGCGUCACUGUCCUUCACAGCUGUUACGUAUAUCAUCCAUUGUUGCUGCGUGGCCUCAUGUGACCCUCAUUAUGAUUAACAUACACUUCAAAUGGAGCUAAUGAACUGACAGACUCACCAUAAUGCAUAUUCAUACCUCUACCUCUUUGAAUUGUAAUUUUACAGUUUACAGUUGUUGUGUAGAAUUCCUUGUUUUUUCAUUUCACAUCUAAUGAAUGAAUGUAAGAAUAUGUUGUUCAUGAUCAGUAAAUUCUGCUUUGUGUUUUGAUACUCAGGCUGAGGCGCUCCCGGCUGUGGCCCAAACAGCAGCAGAGAGUGACUCAGACAGCGGGAUGGGCUCUCCAGAGGACGAGAUGGUCACAGAGACGGCGAACAAAGGAGAAAAAGCUAAAGGUGAAGUAGCAGAUCAUCCAUAUGGAAAAGUCAGAGUAUUAAAAUUUGGUCCGAACAACAAAAUACUUAAGUAAGAUAGCAAAGCACUUUGGUGUCUGAAUCUCCUCCCCUCUCAUCUCCUAUCUUCUUAAAUUUUAAAUGAUUGAGUAAGAGGAUCAACUCUCAUAAAUAUUUUUGUUUUUUAGACUCCGAUGACGAUGAAGACAUCACAGUUCACCGAAAGCCCCACCGUAACGCCAUCAGAGACAGCGACAGUGAGGAAGAGGAGGAGGCUUUAGCAGAGACCAGUGUGCACAUGACCGAGGCGCUGGCUUUAUCUGCUUCAAGCGGAGACGAGAUGGAGACUGGAGGGUCAGAGGAAAAAAAAGAUGAGAGGAAGACCAAGAGAAUCAGCCGCGCUCCCGUCGACAGUGACGACAGUGAGCCCGAACGAGAGAGAGGCGGGGAAACGGAGGAGCAACAGGGGGAUGUGAAAGCGACGAAGGACAGGAAGAAGAGAGAGAAGAGCCACAGACAUCGGGAGAAAAAGGAGAAGCGAAGCAGAGCGGUGGAAAAAGUCAAGAAGAGGGACAGAUUCGCUGAGACGUCUGAGGUCAGUGCAAUCUGGGCGUUUUGUCUUCAGUGCAGAAGUCCUUUGAAAUCUUGUCAGGUCAACCAAACGUUCCUCUUCUAGAGCUUAAAAAAAGCCCUUUCUAUUUAAUAAGUAGUUUAAAACAGAUGUUUAGAUUUGUGCACAUCUAAAUGUUUGUGUACAUAACAAAAUGUCUCAAGAUAUAAAAACGUGUGUUUACAUUUUAACAAGACACCCAAGACCACUCAGAAAUGAAAUGUUUUAUCAAACUGAAUCCAGAUUAAGUGGUUGCUAUUGAUAAAAAAAAUCUUACUGUGAAUAAAAAAUUCUUAGUUUUAAUUCUUUAAUCUCUUCUCCAGGACUCGCCUCUCCCUCCGGCUCUGAACGACAGCGGAUGCCCUCUUGGCGACCCGGACCUGUUCGACACCGGACUGAAUGAUGAGGACGAGGAGGAAGAAGAGUCUCUGGAGGCCAUCCGAGCCGCUGUAAAGCACAAGAUGAAGAAACACAAGGUACAGGAGCAACAGGGUCACCUGUUUAGAGCUUUGUUGUUAUUUCUUGUGAGUGUGAAGUUGUGUCGGAUGCUCAGGUGGAGAUUUUAGACUCUUCGUCUUUUUAAAUCUUUGCUCAGAAGCUGUUGCAUUCGGUUAAAUCAGAUGAAACACUGAGAAAGGUUCGUAGAAACGUACUGAAAGACCUCUGUCUAAUCAGUGAUAAUCGUCCCUACAGGAUCCUCUUCUGAAUGAUGAUGAUGAGGAGGAGGAAGAUGAAGAGGCAGCAGAGAAGCCCCAGCGUGUGGUAAGCGGUGCCAAAAUCCUUGAAUGUGUUCUGAUUGUUGUAAAAGUGGAAACUAAAUACAGACAAACCGCUGUUUUUUUCUCAUGGCGUGUUCUGUUUGUAGGAGAGGAAGGCGGCGCGCGCCAGCAAAGAGGCGAUGAAGCAGCUCCACAGCGAGUCUCAGAGGCUGAUCAGAGGUCAGUACACAAGAAACACUCCUGUCUCCUUCUAUCCUUAUUAUUUUUGCUUUUUAAAUUUUAACCUGAUACAUAAAUCUGCUCAAUUUGUCUGUACUGUCAAAGCUGGAAAAGCUCCUUCAUCCUGUUUAUAUUGUAAGCGACAUAUAACUGCACUUUACUGCACUUUUCUGCGCUUCAUCAUACCACCAUAUACGCCAAUCCGCCUUUACAUUAUGAUCACUGGCAGGUGAAGUGUCAGUGGACAUGUGACAGUCAGAACUGGACCAUUGGGUAGUGAUUCAUGGUGGUCUGAGCUGCCUUUGAAUGUCCAGAUUCCCCAGAUCUAGAGCUUACAGAGCACAGGGGCUGUGGGACAAGCUCUGGGGUUGUUGGAUGACAAAGUCCAAUCCAUGGGGACCCCACCUUAGAACUUACUAGACCUCCAGGGAGUGCAGAUCUGGUUUUAGAUAUCACAGCACACUCUCAGAAGUCUACUAGAGUCUGUGUCUUGUCAGAUCUUGGCUGAUUUGUCCCCAAUCUGUGCAUGAUGUAGCUGUAUAUACGCAUCUGUGGGUGUAUAAAUAGCUGUUGAGUGUGAUAUAUUCUGGCUACCUCAAGUCUACUCUUGUGUUGAAUAAUUUAAGUCCACUUCCUCAGACGUGUGCACAUAUCUGGGAUGUAAAAGCUGAUUCUGAUUCAUCCAGAAAGAGGCGCCUCUUCCUCCUUUUUUUUCCUCUUUUCAUCUUUGACACCUUCUCCUAUCUUUUCAGAGUCCACCCUGGGCUUGCCUUACCAUAUCCCAGAGCCAAAGACCAUCGACCAGUUCUUUAAGAAGAGAGUCCGACCGGAGGGUCCUGCCAUGGCGUUAUUGAAGUAAGGACAAACACAGCAUCAUAUGAGUUCAUUUUGGGUAUUUUUCACACAUUUUGGUGCUUUUUAAACACUAUCAUGUGGUAUUGAAAAGUACAUUUUGACAACCUUAUUAGUGUCUCUAUAAUUUUGAAUACUUUCAAAAGUUUUAUGGCUUCUUUCAUGAGCUGACGGAUCAGCUGUGAUCUUCCUCUCCUCAGAUCUACAAAGUAUUCAGCCGUCAUGUUGGAGAAACCCUCAGCUCCUCCUCCUCCUCCUCCAACUGAAGCUCCCACAGAGUCCCUGCAGCCACCCUCAGAGCAGGACUCCACUCCCGUUCCGGUGCUGUCUUCCACUCAAAUCCAGCCCAUCCCUGAACCUGCCGCCACCUCCUCCCCGCAGAAGGACAGCCCCACCGAGUCUGAAGAAGCCGUAGAGAGUCUCGAUCCCAACCAGGAAUCAGGCCCGAUGCUUUACCUCUCUGAGAGCCUGCAGGAGUCAGAGACGGCAGACGGAGCAGUGAAGCCUGAAGCAGGAGAAGAGAUCUCUAACGCCGCUUUAGACGAGAGCCAAAGUGCACCCGUGUCUGAGCCUGAACCUAGGACUGUGGUGGAGCCUGCAGAUGAGAAUCCUGCUGAACAACCAGCCAAGCCCAAGAAGGACAAACUCGCCAUGCUGAAGAGGCUCGGACUGGACCCUCCACCUGUUGCUAAGCUGUGUCCAGAUGAUGGAGCUUUUGUUCAGCUGGAGCCUCCACAGCUGAACCCUGGUGAGAAUUUACACACAGGAAGAAAAAAUCAAGAGUGAAAAAACGUGUAAAGUCUAAGAGCUCGUACUCAGGCCUGUUUAUUUUCUAUCAUCCAGGUUUGGAAGCCCUGAAGGUGCGUUACCUUCGCCAUGUGAAGGCGCCCACACACCCUAAAGGAGAGCGUACCAUGCAGCUUAACAUCAUCCGCAAAGACAGCAACGCCUCCGGCCAGGAGGAGCUGCGCAGUGAGACUGUUGCUGUCACCGUUAAAGAGGGAGCAGAAGAGCCGGUGGUCACCAAACCAGGUAGAAAUCCACAUGGAGGACUUGGAGGUCCAUGAAGAACACAUUAUAAUGGGUCCUGCCAGCAAAUGUUGUGGUUUUAGGAUGUCCCCUUUUAAUCAAAGGUCCUGAGCAAUUUUAAUAUAUUUUUUUAUUUUAUUUCAUUGUUGUUUUUAAUUUUAAUUUUAUUAUUUUUUAAAAAUUUAUUUCAUUAAUUCAUUUUAGAUAUCAGUCGUCUUUUUUUAUUUUGUUUUAUUUUAUUUUUAAAUUUUAUUUUAUUUUAUUAUUUUAGAUAUAAUUCAUCUUUUUUUAUUAUUUUUAAAAUUUUAUUUCAUUUAUUUAUUUGAGAUAUUCAUCCUUAAGAAAAUUUUAUUUAGUAUUAUUUUGGGGUGAUUUUUGCCUUUUUAUUGAUAGUGCAGGGUGACAUAUGGGGAGAUGGAAAGAGAGGGGGGAGGACAUGCAGCACAUGGUUGGGGUUGGACUCCAACCCUCGACCGCUGUGGGGACUGUGGUCCCUGUACACAGGGCGUGCUAACCCACCCGGCCGUCUGCACGCCCCAAUAUUUUAAUAUCUAUAGAAAUAAGAUAAGCACACUAUCCUAAAAUUCAAGUCUAUCUGUGUUUUCUCACAUCACUAAGUUUGAUUUUCUGCGUUUGUCUCACAGGAGAGAAACUUCUGACUCUAAAGCAGCGCCUCCAAAUCGCCAUGGCUCAGCGCAGACAGGAGGAGCGGGUUCGCAAGGCUGAGCUGAACCGCCUGGACAACGAAGACUGCGACGAGGAGGAAGAAGAGGAGGAGGAAGACAUGACCGAGUCUGAGGGAGAAGAAGUGAGAGGCUGUUUUUGUUCCCCCCUGAAUUAUCACACAUGGAGGCGCUCAUCUGUUUGUCCUCACUGACGCGCGAUCCUCUCUUGAAUCAGGGCGUGGACGACUUACUGGGAGGCGAUGACGGCGAGGCAGAAGAGGAGGAAGAGGAAGGCAGCGUGGUUCAGAGUAUCAGGAGCACUUCUCCUGUGGCUCUGAUCAGACCCUCCCCGACUCCCGACCUAGUUAACACAGACGGCACACUCAUGCUGUUCCCGGGCAACUCCUGCUCUCGCACCGGGUAAGAGGGGUCGGACCUCGGGUUGUCUGUGUCUCAGAUUUAGUUUGACUUGCUUCAGUCAUUGGAAAAGUCAGGAAGUCUUUUUAAGUUUGUAAAAGAGCUUUGAAAAUAGCUUUGGGAUAUAUAUUUUGAUAAUAAGUAAGUUCACAUGAAUCUCCUGUAAUUUGUCGUCAUUCUGCUUCACAAAAAAGUUCUGAAAAAGUCUUAAAAGGAAAAGUUUCACAUGUUCUGUUCUACUUUCUAGUGACGGUGUUAGACGCUCUGGUCCCGCUGGACAGGACAGCAGCAACAAGAUGGGUGAGUCGAAUGAAAAAUGUCCUUCAUGGACAUGUAGAAAAAUAGGAAUGCUUCAAAUCUGUUUUAGUUUGAUUUUUAAACGCCUCUCUUUGAAUUUGGUCUUUCUGGUCUGCAGAGGAGGAGGACUCUCUGUCACUGGUGAAGGACAACAGCCACAACAGCAGCUUCGAGCUGGCGGGGUCGAUGAUCACCUCCUACCAGCCUGUCAAUCAUCAGCGCUCUGCAGGACGAUGCAUCUCCAGCUCCACCAUGUUUCGCUCCCCUUCUCCCUGCCUCUUCAGACCCAGCUUCCUAGGAUCUGCCUCCAAGGUAACAGAACUUGUUCAGCUCCUCAAAUUAUCUCUUGUUCUCUUGGCACAUUCGAAACCAUCAUCUUUUCAUCUUUUCCCUCAUUAGAGUUCAGGCAAACUCUCUGAGCCUUCCCUCUGCCUCCCCGUUGAGGACUCCCAAGACUUGUAUGCACCUCCAUCUCCAGGAGCAGACUCCGGGCCCCUCGGUGGAGCAGCCUCCGGCCCCGGCCUCGGAGGAGACUCCCAGGGUCGUUUCUCCCUGGAGGACGACACCCACUCCCAGUUACUGGAUUCAGACGGCUUCCUAAACGUGGGGCCGCGUCCCGGAGCGCCUCGCUCCCACAAGAGACAGCUGAUCCUGGACAGCCUGGAUGAAAACGCCAUGGAUGCCAACAUGGGGGAGCUGCUGGGGUUGUGUUCAGGCGGGUUCGGGACGGCGGCGGAGGGUGGCUCGAGUCAAGCGGGAGGCCUCGGGGAGACGCAGGAGGAGGAGCUGCUGGGGUUGUGCUCAGGAGGGUUUCCAACAACGCAGGGAGAAGAGGAGAAGAAAGAGGAGAGUAAAGAAGGACAAGAGGAGGAGGAGUCUGAGAAUACCAUGGAUCAGCUGCUGGGGCUGUGUUCGGGGAAGUUUCCCAGUCAAGGUAAAAGAGUGUGAACUGUCUCCUUAUUGAAGUAGCUGCAGUUUAAAGUCACAAAUCGGCUCAACAGACAGACGAGGAAAAGCAGAGUACUGAAAUAAUGAACAGAUAAAGAGCCUGUUUAACUCAGAGGAAACUGUAGGAUCCAUGACUGUCUGAAAAUUCUGCUUUUAAAGGUUUGAGUGUCUCCAGUGUGUCUAUUUGAGGAUGUUUUCCCUCCAGUUACACGGUGUUUACCUGUGUUUUCCUUCCUGCCAAUUUUAGGUUCAGCCCACACAGCUUCACCAGCACAAGACAGGUACAGUACACCGUGUUUUUAUUCCUGUAUUUGUUGACAGAAACACAAAUCUGUCUUUACAGAGACUUAUAAUCCAAAUCUGCUCUCUGUGGGUUCCUCUUUCUUUGUGUUUUUGUCUUUUCUUCAGCGCUUUUCAUUUUGUUUAGAUUACUUUUAAUACUCACAGUGAUUUCUCUUGAUUUAGUAAAACGAAGGAGGAGGAGAAAGAAGUAGAAGAAGAGCAGGAGGAAGAGGAGGAGGACUGUGAGUUCAGGCUUCUGUCGGAUGUAGAGAGCCACAGCGAACAGGUAAUCUCAAAUAUUCAUACUCCAGAUUUAAGUCUGAUUUUUACCGACAAGCUCAAAGGUGGCUCCUAUACACCAAAUUUUACGGUAAAUUGUUUAUUUAUUCAGGAGGACAAUGAUGAUGAGGACGGUGACGAAGCAAAUGAAGGGGAGGAGGAUGAAGAUGGAGAAGAGGAUGAAGCAGAUGCCGAUGAAGAGGAGGACCACGAAGUAGAGCAGGAGGAGAUGGAGGGUGUGUUUGCUCCACAUCGAGUCAAGACGAAAAAGAAGAAGAAGAAGAUGUGAGUGUUGAAGCUUUUAAACUCCUCUGCAUCCGUCUGCGACCUCGAUGAUCAGGUGUUAACACGCUCUUGCUUUCUCUGCACAGGCGUCUGGCCGACUAUUUAGAGUCAGAGGCUGAGCUGUCCGGGAGUGAUUUGGGCAGUGACGACGAGGACGAUGACGGGGGGAGCGAAUACGAGGAAGAGGAGCUUCUUGAAGAGCUUCCCUCUGAUGAAGAGCUGCAGGACCAGGUCAACAAGAUCCACAUGUGAGUAUUUAUCAUUUACCUUUAAAAAGAAUCGAUUCAAACCCUUUCUUUAUUCCCACACCUCUUAUGGAACAUUUUUUCAUACUUUAGUCCAAAUCGAACUGAAUUUGUUCCCUCAGGAAGCACAUCAUGGACGACGACAAGCGGCGUCUGAGGCUUUACCAGGAGCGUUACCUCGCUGACGGCGACCUGCACUCUGACGGCCCGGGGAGAGCGCGGCGCUUCCGUUGGAAAAAUAUCGGUGAAUAUCGGUUUUUUGGGUCAUAGCUUUUCUUUCAAGUCUUAUAUUUUGAUUCUUUUUAUGUCAAUAAGUUUCACCUUAAAGGACAAUUUUAGUCAAAACAAACUCAGAAAAGAAAGAAAAAUACGAUAGAUCAGAAAACACUCAAAGGCUGUAAGUUUUAUGACUGUUAAGAGUUGGUGAUAGAUACACAAAAAAGUGUACAUUUAAAUUUAGAUUCUCCAAACUUAACUUCAAAGUUUCUCUUUGAUUCCACCUCCAGAUGAUGGUUUCAACAUGGAGCAAACUGGAGCAGAGGGUGAGGAGGAGGGGGAUGAAGAUGAAGAGGUGGAGCAGUCUGAGGUCCAGAGGAGGAAAGAGAGACUGGAGAGAGAGCAGUGGCUCCGAGAACAGGUCAGUUUUACCUUCUUUUUACUUAAAACUAAGAUUUCCUUCUGGACUUACAGCUGAAUGUUAGCGUGUACGGCUCCUGUGGUUAAAUAUCUCCUCCUCCACAGGCAGGUGUUUUAUUUCACUCAUUUAUUCUGUCUGUUUUCUCCUGCUGUACAGUCGGAACAAAAAGCCAAGAAAGGAGAAGAUUUAGAUGCGGAUGAUGAGAAGAUCGGCGAGGAAGACAGUCAAUUCAUGAAGCUGGCCAAGAAGCUGACUGCCAAGACGCUGCAGAGGAAAGGUCAGUGUGGUACGCCGACUCAUGAGGAGGAGAAUCCCACGAGUUUGAAAACACUGAAACACGCCACAAAGAAACACGCAAUGAGUCUGAAUCGUGAAUUAUUUUGUCAUAGUGAUUACGGCUCAUUGUUUUAUGGCGUAGUGAGAGGAAAAGAGCGAAACACAGCAAACGCUUCUAAUCACUACAGGUGACUCAUUCUUGUGUUACUGGAAAAAGAAGUCUGACUAAAACUGAGCACGUCUAUUUAUUAUUUAUGAGUCUUUUACCGCCUGCUUCGUAACAUCAGAUCCAGAUGACACAGUGAACUGCACAUUAGUCAGAUUUAAAGAGCAUUUAUGCUGCUUUAUUUGCUGUUUUGUUGGAAUAAAGUCAUAAAUGUGACUCUAAAAUCCCUCCGCUUUUAGUAAUACUCUCUAACUAUCUUCCUAACGCUCUGAGUAAUUAAAAAAACAAAUUAAAAGAAAUUAAAUCAAACAAAAAUGUCACAAAAUGUUUAAAUACCAGAGAAAAUGUGACGUCUCUUAUAUCAGUGGAUCAAAAUGAAAGUGUUUCAGGUCUGGAGAAGGUCCUGAAACUCACCAUAACAUAAUAUUUGGAGUUUUCUACAAACUGUCUCACUAUCUGACUCCUCAAAUAUCUCAAACCAGAGCCCCCUGUGGUGGCCCCUCAGCCAGAGAAGAAGAAGACGACGACAGCAGCUCUCAAUCCGUUCCAGAGGCCGUCACAGCCCUUACAGGUACAUCGCUGUCACUACAGACAGUUUUGAACUUUGUUAAACAUCUGAGUUUUUUUAGAAACACCAGGCUAAAAAAUGGCUCUCCUUCCUACCUUGUAACUGAAAACCUAAAGCUGUUAGCGCAGAACAUUUAAAGCUGUUUUCAGAUAAAAUAUCAGUCAUUUUUUUUCAAUUUUCAAUAAGAAUUAAUUCCAUUCGUCAUGUUAAAUAUGAAGGCAUGAUAUAGAAGAAAGGGAUUUGAACCGUGUGAAUGACUUUGAGGUACUUUGAAAAUUGUAAAAAGUUGCUCAUAGGGCGCCAGCAAAGAGGAAGAAAAUCUCACUAUCAAGGAUCCAAUUGUGUGAGUUGGUCUCAAAUCAUUCCCUGUGCCGCUCUAAUGUAAGAUUUAUGCUUUAUUGAUUUCUUCCAGGUGAGGAGAGGCUCGCUCUUGAGUCAGCCUCAGUCCGUCCUGCAGAAACUGGCCUCUAUCUCAGAGGGGAAUCCUCUGGCGCCCAGAAACAGUCGAGGAUUUCUGUUCCAGACUCUGUCUCCUGAGAAGGACAGCUCCACCGCAGACGCUCCUCCGAAGCAGGUGAGCGGCGGAAGUUAAAACGCCUGUUUAUUGUUAAGGCUUAGCUCGUCGUGUCAAGGUAAGGUCAGGAAUCCAGUUCACACCACAUCAGCUGCACAAUGAGACAUGAUUGACUCAAUGUUAUUACCUAAUAUACCGAAUAAAAAUGUUUACAGUUGAAAAGUUUACAGAAAGCCUUGAGAUGCUUCAUAUCACUCAUACAACACAAUAAAAGGAUGGCUGACUUAGUAACAUGACUCACACUGGUGAAACUGUAACCUGUGAGUGGAAACAGCUCCUUGUGUCUACUUAUGUAAUUAAAAAAACACAGGGUGUAAUUUCUACCUGCUGUAAUAACAGCUGAUAUUAUCUCUGUUGACAGACAUGAGCCUAUUAGCAAACUAUUAAUCACGAGCUAAUGUCAGUAUGUCAAUGUUUAUCUGUGGAAUUGCAUCAUUUUAAUGCAAUACAACCCAAGUGUUGAUUCAGAGGAGAGGGUUUUUAUCGGUGAGGAGAGGGUCUCCUGUUGUUGGAAAAACUGAUCACUAUGUGGAAGCGUUUACCCCUUCAGCAUUAAAACAUCGGAUCUCAUCUCUCAUUCAAUAAACAGACAGAGAAAUGCUGUAAAAAAAAUACAAAUUAAAAAAACGGUGCUGUCAUAAUUAACCCUGAUAUUCACAAUCGUCACUAGAUAUUAGCUUUGAUAUUGAGAGGUGAUCAUGUAGAGUAGCUGUUAAAUUUAGUUGUAAACAUAACAAAACGCAUAAAACAGAAGUUUAUGAUAACAAGAAAGUUAAAACAUCUGCUCCUUUUUUUGUUUCUUUCCCUUAAAACUUAAAAAACUUAUGUUAGGGCACAAUGGAUUCACUUCAACACCUAAAAGGAAAAAAAAUAAAAUAAAAUAAAACAAAUAAAUAAUAAUUGUAAGAAUAAUGAGAAUGAUGGUAGUAAUAAUAAUAAUGAGAAUGUUCAUAAUAAUAAUAAAAAAUGAUGAGAAUAAUAAUAAAAAAAUAAUGAUACUGAAAAUGAUAAUGAUGAUGACGAUUAUUUUUAUUAUCAUAAUGAAUGAAUAAAUAGAUGGAUUAGAUUAGAUGAAUGAAUCUGUAAAUAUCAAAGUAAAAACAAUGCAAAGAUAAUACAAAAUCAGAUCAUAUCAAAACAAUGCAAAUUCAGUAAAAUAAAAUAACCAUAUUAAGCAAAUAGAGAGGGGGGGAAGUAAUAAAUAAAGUAAAAUAAACAACAAAGAGUACAAAAAAAGUAAAAUAAAUCAAACACUCGAUUGAAAAAAAAAAAAGCCAGGAGUUGUUUUGAAUAAGGAGAAAAUUCAUCUGUUUUCCAGUAUUUUGUUUUUUUCUUGUGUCUCUUGAUACAAUCUGUCUGUUCUUUAAAAGAAAAACAACCUCACACACAGACACAAAUAGAAACUGAAGGAUGUGGAUUGUGGACUGUGACAGUCAUGUGAUUCUGACCAGAGAGUUUGUUUUGGACGUGUUCCUAAUUUAUGUCACUAGGUGGAGCCAAAGCCCCAAAGACCUGUCCGAGCCUUUUUGGGUAGACUCUUAAAAAAUAACUGAGUCGCUUUGCAGUUUUUCCCCACAAAAGAAUAAACACCAACUUAAUCUGAGGAUUAAAAAGCACAUUGAGUGGUCUGUAUGUGUUCAUUUUUUAUGUUUAACCUCGAAAAUUUUUAACCGUCAGACGAUGAAGAAGAGGGGGCCGAUGGAAAACGUGACCCCAGCUGCGAAGAGAGUCUGCAGGGAGACCAAACCUGCCGCACAGACUAAAGGCCCACAGAGGAGCAUCUUCAGCUUCCUGGGACAGUGA